ACGCGUAAAUGAGCCGCUGCGGCUGGCAGAAACUUAGCGAAAUCUCCGGGUGGCAUCGCCUCCUCCAGGUCGAGCCAAGGGCGAGCCGAGCGCCGAGCCGGGAGGAUGAGGUCGUCCUGUGUCCUGCUCACCGCCCUGGUGGCGCUGGCCGCCUACUACGUGUACAUCCCGCUGCCCAGCUCGGUGUCGGAUCCCUGGAAGCUGAUGCUGCUGGACGCGACUUUCCGGGGCGCACAGCAAGUGAGUAACCUGAUUCACUACCUGGGACUGAGCCACCAUCUGAUCACAUUGAAUUUUAUCAUCGUUUCUUUCGGCAAGAAAAGUGCGUGGUCAUCUGCCCAAGUGAAGGUGACCGACACGGACUUUGACGGUGUGGAAGUCCGCGUGUUCCAAGGUCCUCCAAAGCCCGGCGAGCCGCUGAGACGCAGCGUCGUUUACAUCCAUGGAGGAGGCUGGGCCUUGGCGAGCGCAAAAAUCAAGUAUUACGAUGAGCUGUGCACUGCAAUGGCAGAGGAACUGAAUGCUGUCAUUGUCUCCGUUGAGUACAGGCUGGUCCCACAGGUUUAUUUUCCUGAGCAAAUUCACGAUGUGGUCCGUGCCACGAAGUACUUCCUGCAGCCGGAGGUCUUGCAGAAGUAUAAGGUGGACCCUGGCCGAAUUGGCGUUUCUGGUGACAGUGCUGGUGGAAACUUGGCCGCUGCCGUUGGACAACAGUUCAGUCAAGAUGCCAACCUAAGAAAUAAGCUCAAACUGCAAGCAUUAAUCUAUCCAGUCCUCCAAGCAUUAGAUUUUAAUACACCCUCUUACCAGCAAAACGUGAACACCCCAAUCCUGCCCCGCUACGUCAUGGUGAAGUACUGGGUGGACUACUUCAAAGGCAGCUACGACUUUGUGCAGGCGAUGAUCGUUAACAAUCACACUUCCCUGGAGGUGGAGGAGGCUGCUGUCCUCAGAGCCCGACUAAACUGGACGUUGCUGUUGCCCGCGUCCAUCAAAAAGGACUACAAGCCUGUUGUGCAGACCACGGGCAAUGCCAGGAUCGUCCGGGAGAUCCCUCAACUGCUGGACGCCCGCUCCUCCCCACUCAUUGCAGGCCAGGACGUGCUCCAGCACCUCCCGAAGACCUAUAUUCUCACGUGUGAGCAUGACGUCCUGAGAGACGACGGGAUCAUGUACGCCAGGCGCCUGGAGAGCGUGGGUGUGGAGGUGACCCUCGAUCACUUCGAGGAUGGCUUCCAUGGGUGCAUGAUUUUCACUAGCUGGCCCACCAACUUCUCAGUGGGAAUGCGGACUAGGAAUAGUUACAUCCAGUGGCUGGAUCAAAACCUGUGAAAGAGUAAAAUCUCCGGAAGGCUCGAGCCCCUCUUGACCUCUUGCAUCUGCUUUGCAAAGACGUGGAAUUUUUAGUCGCUUAAUCCCCCUCCCUCGUUACUUGUGAGUCUUGGAUUCUCUGUGCUCUGCAGACUUUAUGAUAAUCUAAUUUUUAAAAGUGAAUUUGAGUGAGUGCAAAGCUAUCUGAAUUUGGUUUCCAAAGUGGGCCGUGCUCUGUGUUGUUCAAGCCAACUACUACUAAUAUCCACGGCUGCAAAAUGCAGGACCCCGGCUGGAAGUAGCCUUGGGUCCUACCUGCAUUGAGAUAACCUUUUCAAAAGCUGUGUUUCCAUUGUGGACUAUGGGGUGACCUUUGAUGAGUUCAGAAAACGGGAGUUCUUGAACUUGCCAGAGCUGACUGGUUCAGAGUGGUGUUAGAUGCCACACUUUCGGCUCAGUGCUGGACCAGGUGCUCUCUGUCCUUUGCAGGGGGUUUUGCCUCCUGUGGGAAUUUCCGCAAUGGCUUUCUAGCAAGACGGUGUCUCGAGGAUUUUCCUCUAGAGUGUUAAUUUUAUCAAGUCCAGUUGGAUUAAAAUGAUACUUGAAAGUUGCUUUCUACUACUAUUAUUAGAAAAUAAGAGGCUGCAUGCACUGAAUAUAUAUACAUAUUGUUAAACUUUCGUUGUUUGGUUACAUUGUCUCCUUGGGGAAAUCUUUUGGGAGCAAAUUUAUUGAGAUUUAGAUUUUUUCCACUGUGAAAUAAGUAAAAAACAGACAAAGGAAACAACCUAUUGUUUCAUAAAAAUGCUUCUGACACAAAUUAUCAAGAGCAGUGUGCAUAUACUUGAUAUAAUAAGUAAAUAAAGUACCUUUACUAUUAAUUUAAAAUACUUUUACUUAAUGAAAAAAUACCUUUAGAAGGUCUAGUCUAUUCUUAAAAAUUCAACUUUUUCACUUAUAUGGCUUUAAAAUGUGACUAUUUUGGUAAAAUAUAGUGUAUUGUUUAUUUUUUAAAGUUAUUUAAUGUUACUGUACAUAGCUAGACUUAGGGUUUUCCUGAAAAACAUCUGUAAUAAAUAUGAAAAGGAAUGGUAUUUUUAAACUACCUUCAAAUUAUAUGCACAUAUAAUUUUAUGGAAAGAGAUAAAAUAGCAAAUAAUAGUACUAUAUAUUAAGAAAAAAUAUUUUGAUAUUUAUAUGCAUAUACAAGCUAAAAUGAUUAGAAAUUCUGCACCUAGUAAAAUUAUCUAAGUUUAUGCUGGUUGAGUAUCCCUCACCCAAAAUCUGAAACUUUAAUUGCUAAUGUGAUAUAACAAGUGGAAAAUUCCAUACCCUGACCUGAAGAUUUUUUCCAUACAAUUUUGCAGUGCUGGUUACUGAACCCAGGGCCCUAACGUAUGUGUGGCAAAUGCUCUACCACUUAGCUAUA